CUAUCAGUGUUCAGUGCCAAAUAGAAGUUCGUUGUGUUGAGACUCGCGCGUACACUUUAAAUCCUCCCUUCUUCAUUAACAAUAAAUUAUAUACAUAUAUUUAAUUAUGUACUAAAUAUCUAACUAUUCAAAAACAAAUUACUAAUUAAUCAUACCUGUGUAUAGAAGAAUUUAUUGAAAAAAAGAUAUUCCGUAAAGUUGCAGCGUGUAUAUAGCAUGUUUAAUGGAAUUAAUGUGGUUAUGUAAUUAAAGUGGUUUCGCCGUUAUAAGACACAAGGGAGAACGAAAAAAAUUUAAAAUUAAAAAAAAAUCAUCAAGUAAUAACAAGUUAUACAACCUGUACUUGAAGUAACUCAAGAAAAAGUGCGAUAUGAUUUAAAAAAAAGAGAAAUUGUGAAUAAAGAAUUAAUGUCCUGGAAGUGAUAUACGAAUGUAGAGAAGUUCCUGCUAACCGAACAAGAAAAAAAAACAAUUUUUUGAGCAUUUUUGGUGGCUAUAGCAAGUCAAUUACAUCAAUUACUUGCUCACAAAUCUCAAUUUCAAUUGAGAUUUCUCCCUAAUUCGUGAAAUAAAAAAAAAACUGUGUGUCUCGAAGGGAGGAAUCAUCUUUCCUUGGCGCGAAGAAAAGUUAAUUCAAUUUAUAAGCUUCGUGUUUCGCAAUGCAUAUUUGAGUUUACAGUAACGGAAAUUUAUUUUUCUUACGGAAAGCAAAAAAAAAAGAGUCUUAGAAAGAAAUCUGUGAAGGAAAAUCUAUAGGGAAGACGAGAUUCCUCCUCAAUGAAGUGAUUGUGGGGGUUUUGGUGAGAAGGCGAGAAAGAUUUGUGCAAGAGGGAAUUGAAUGUGAAAUGGUGUACAAGAAUACGGAGAAUUUUCUCGUUACAUAAUGUUUUGGAAUAAAAUAACAAUUUAUUGGAUUAUUAUGCCACUCUUGGAAUAUUCUUCGCCACUUUAUGGAAUUUACAAGUCGUCAAAUGCAGAAAAGUGCCAACACUGUGUCUGGUGAAAUAGUUUCCAGUGAUGAUCUCCAGCUGGUACUGCGGUUAUCGGUCAACUUUUCCAGCCACCAACCCAUGCAUUCCACUCGACCUACUGAACGGUAGAAGCUUUCGUGUGGCACGAAAGUUGAGGAAAACUUCCAACGUGCAACACUGAGGAAACGAAUAGCAUUGCAAUCGAGCAAUUUUUGGCGACAAUGAAACUCAGUGUCAGUGCAUAUCGCGCUCAUGCAUCAGCACACAAGAAGAUCCUCUCAAGCAGUUACCAGACACAGUUCAAUUACGGAAGUACAGCAGCUGCCUCCGUGUCAGCACCACCACCCACAGCUCCAGGACUUUUUGCGAUGGAGCCCACUGACAUCCAUCUAAGUGGAACAGCUGCAAUUUGUCAGGGUACAAGUAGUACACUGAGUCCUCCUGAUGCAAUCACAUCACCUGGAAUUGUGAGAACCGAGUCAAAUGCUACCUCCCGUGAAGAUGAAGAAGACUCCAGUAAUGCGGCAUCUUCGGACUGCAAAAGUCCAGGACAACGAACCAAGUCGAAUCAACGAUGGAUGAAAUUGAGAACAACUGUCCAGUUGUCAUCGGCCAUCCAGAAGAAGCCACCACUGAAGCGGGAGGACUCCUUCCUCAAGCGUUUUUCCACCCGUCAAAUACCAGAGACACAGGAGACUGUUGAGGAUACAGGCUCCGAAGGGGCAACAGGGGAGCAGGAUAAGUGUCUCAAGAGGCGAAAGAGAUACAUUCAAAAGCGGAAAAGUGUAGUCAAUCCGGAUGAGAAUUUCUACUUCCAUUGGCUGAUGGUGCUAACGUUUUGUGUCUUAUACAAUCUGUGGGCGCUCAUUGUGCGUCAGAGUUUCCCAGAACUUCAGGAUCUUGCGUCCAAUUUCUGGUUCACCUGUGAUUGCAUCAGUGACAUUGUAUUUGUACUUGACGUAGUUGUUCAAUUGAGAACAGGAUAUCUGGAGCAAGGAUUGAUGGUGUACGACGAUAAGAAAUUAGCAAAACAUUAUAUAAGAUCGCGCGAAUUUUUACUCGAUUUGGCAGCCUUAAUACCAUUAGAUCUGUUACAAAUUAGAUUCGGAACACAACCUCUUUUGCGGUUUCCACGAUUUUUCAAGGUUUAUAGGUCCAUCAAAUUUUACUACAUCGUUGAGAGUAGAACAGUUUGGCCUAAUUUGUGGCGUGUCGUCAAUUUAAUUCACAUCCUGUUAAUUUUAGCUCAUUGGUUUGGAUGUUUCUAUUUUUUACUCUCGGAAGUCGAAGGAUUUCAGGGUGAUUGGGUGUAUCCCUACCGUCCGGGAGAUUAUGCUACGCUAACAAGAAAAUAUCUGGGCAGCUUAUACUGGUCCACACUGACACUGACGACAAUUGGGGAUCUACCAACGCCGGAAACGAAUGCUGAGCCCUCGAGCUCGGCGGACGGCCCCAGAUCACUUCCGAGACGUGGCCUGAAAUCGCGUUUACUGCAAUUUGGUUCCAACAACGGGUAUAUUUUCACCAUCGUGAGCUAUCUCAUUGGAGUGUUUAUUUUUGCAACAAUUGUGGGUCAAGUGGGCAAUGUCAUAACGAAUCGCAAUGCCAAUCGAUUGGAGUUUGAACGUCUUCUCGAUGGUGCGAAAACCUACAUGCGCCACCACAAGGUUCCCGGUGGCAUGAAAAGACGUGUACUUCGAUGGUAUGACUACAGCUGGUCCAGAGGACGUAUUCAAGGCGGAGGAGACAUUAAUACAGCACUGGGUCUACUUCCUGACAAACUAAAGACAGAACUGGCGCUGCAUGUGAAUUUGAGUGUACUGAAAAAGGUCACAAUUUUUCAAGAGUGCCAGCCAGAGUUCUUGCAUGACUUGGUGCUGAAAAUGAAGGCAUACAUUUUCACUCCCGGCGAUAUGAUUUGCCGAAAGGGUGAAGUGGCAAGAGAAAUGUUCAUAAUUGCUGAUGGUAUUCUAGAGGUGCUGAGUGAGACUGGAAAAGUGCUGACGACUAUGAAAGCUGGUGACUUUUUCGGAGAGAUUGGCAUCCUGAACUUGGAUGGUCUCAAUAAGCGUACAGCAGAUGUUCGUUCUGUGGGGUAUUCUGAGCUCUUUUCAUUGUCCCGGGAAGACGUAUUGGCGGCCAUGAAGGACUAUCCAGAAGCUCAGGAGAUUCUUCAAACUCUGGGUCGAAAGCGCCUCAUGGAGGUGAGAUGUGUUAACAAGAGGCAUGCCAAAUUGCAGAGUGACAGGGAAGCUGCACAAGCUGCUGCCCAGGGAGACAGCUCUGAGAACAGUGCCUCAAAGCGGAUUGUGGAUAAAUUGCGAAGCGACGUUAAGGGUAUCAAGAAUGUUCUGAGGAAAUCGAGAACUGGCAGACGAAGCAAUGAAUCCAUAGAACUACAGCCAUUGCACACAGGAACAUCAUUUUCGGGUGGGAGUAAAGCAUCCAAGGGAAAAUUAAAGCGAAUGUCACACGUUAGGUCUGAUGAUAUAGCAAAUGAUGAUGAUCACCAGCAACCACCAGAAAAAUCACCAAGCCCCAUUGGAGCGGGUCUUCCUCUGUUGUCGCGACUUCGAUUGCUGAAGGAGAAACAAGAUCGUGAAGAACGUGCUGUGAAAGCUGCACCUCCAAUGAUUACAUCACCCCACACUCAUGUAACAUCCACUGUAUCACCACAGGAGUCAAUUCAGGAGGAACCAGAACCUGAAGUCAUUGGGGCAGGUCUCCCACUUUUGCAACGACUGAAACUUCUCAAGGCAAAAGAGGACAAAAUUUCCAAAGAGGCAUCAUCGAAGAGUCAAAUCGUAACGACACAGAGCACAAUAUCAGUUCCUGCAACAACAUCUUGUAUCCUCUCAAGUGCGCCUAGUAUUAAGCAAACCUCCACUGUCCUGACUCCAAGUACAUGUCUCGCUAAUCCGUCCCCACUGCCAAAACCCACCCUCAAGGUCUCCUUCAGGGAUCGUAUAAAGGCCAUCCAGGGUGCAUCAUCGGCACCCAGUGAACCAAAAAUACCCGAAAAGGACGAAGCUCAUGCUCAACCAACGACGGAAUCAUCCAGCGACAGUAUGAAGCAGCAAUUGUUGCCAUCGGCCGCAUCAAUUAUCAUCACAAAGAUAUCAAAACCGUCCACGAGUAUCUCUCUCAAGGAGAAAAUCAAGUCCUCUUUGGGUGGGGCACCCAAGGAGGAGCCUCUCAAACCCUGGUCCAAACUCAAGCUGGCCACUGUAGUGAGUUCUGGUGGGAGUUACACGAGUCUCAAUAAUAGCUUUACAGAAGAGUCCCCUACGGCAUCUGUGCCCAAAACAACGGGAUCAGACUCACGACCUAUCUCCACUACGUCAAUAGCUCCAAUAAGGCCUACCGAUUGGAAGUUGCCUAAGAGAAAGGGAUCCAAGAGCAAAGAUCAUCGAGCAAGUGUUAGCGAUAGUGAGCAAUCGAUAUCAUCUCAAAUGAAAGCAAAAUCCAUCAAGCUUCAAAGGAAACCUAAGAACUACAGAUCAGUCGAUGAUCUAUCGCCUGAGUACAGUGGUUUACCAUUCGUGAAGAAAUUGAAGAUUCUCAAUGAACGGCAGAAGUUGGCGGAGUUGGAACACGUCAUCCAAACAAGAAGCUUCAGCCUCGACUGUCCCGAAGCUGCUGUGACUCCUGUGGAAGAACCACUAACGCGAAGUCACAGUGAAGCAUCAGGCAUGGCUCGAGGAAGGCCCGUUAAAGUUUGUGCCCCAUCGAGUGUGCCUAUUCAUGAGAUGGACUACUUGCAGCAACCCUUGUCACCAGAAUCCAAUGAGACCUUAGAACGCCGACAUCUGAAGAGCAUCCUGAAGCGUAUGACGGAGGAUGGAAAGUCGAAAGAGUCAGUUGAGCCGAUGUUGGGUCAACUGGCAGACGAGGAGGGUGUUAUAAGGGCACCAACGAUGGAAGGGUACGUGGCAAGACACAGCAAAUUUAUGAAGAGCGUAACCUUCAAUAACACUCUUUCCAGUCCGCCACACAGUGCUAAUUCACUGAUUGAGGCGACAUCAGAUGAACAAAUCCCCCCACAACCCAGUACUCCUUCCAGCGCACAAGUUCCCGAUACCCAAUUCCCACAACCUCCUUCUGUAUCACUACCCCUCACCUUAACCACAACUACCAUUACCAAGAGUCCCACGGCGCCCACGAAGGAGGACACACAUGAGACCUCCAGCAAUGGGCGUAUCAUCAAGGAGGAGGGCGAGGAGCCUCCUGAUCAUGGAAGGCUCAUAUCCGCUGACUCCCCAUUCAAUUUGUCGAAGCAGAGGAAGUUCUUCAAAGGAUCACUUGAGGAUCAGGAAUACUUUGGCGAAGUGCUACUUGGCGUUCGUCAAGUAAUCCAGAAUCACUUGCGUGAGGUACAGGGAAAGUUUCAGGAUAAGUUCUUCUCGAUGGAAGCUGAGAUACAGAAACGCGAUGAUAUCAUCUCUCAGCUACAGAAUCGCAUAGCUGAACUGGAACGACAUGGUGAUGGGGAACUCGCAAUGACACCAAUCGGUGAGGUGGAUCGCGAAGCGGGUUCCUCAGGUUCGGGUAGCUCUGCUUCAAGCAUAGAGCUCCCGUUCAUGGUGAGUAAUCGUGGUGACUCCUUGGAUACGAUAUUCGCGUCAUCGCCACCAUCGGAACCGGAUCGAAGACCAAAGUGUCGGAUGAGGAAGCGCAAUUCACCAAAGCAUCGCAGUGAACGCACAAACAAUCGAUCGUGGGAAGAGAGUAGCGAUCAGGAGAGUAUAGAAAUGCAAGAAUUGCCGCGAUCACUUAGUCCAUAUCGAGAGGAGGUGCUAGUUCAGGACAUCACGGGGAAUCUCAAGAGAAUCAGUGCUGACAGUGUGAUCCUCAACAUUGAAGACAGUUCAGCUAGCUAUAGCUCAAGCGAAUCUCAAGUAGAUGGUCCAGAUGAUGAAGAUGAUGAAACACGCGAUGAUGAACUUCACUGCGACGACUGGGAGAUUAGGAUGCUAGCGGCAGAGAUGGACCGUCGAGAACAGUCUGAAUCGACUCUGUCAGUGGUGGCCGAGGCGUCAGGAAGUCAUGAGGAGGAAAAUAUAGUUCGGAGAAGACGGAAACGAAGCGAUACGGAUACGGAACAGAGUGAACAUGAACCAGAGGUUGUGACCAGUAGACCGAGAGCGGGUAGCCUAGAUCAUCACAAUCUGAGACGAGCAGGAUUCGGUAGCCGUCCCAAAAGCGUCUUCAAAGCAAUGAGUUUUGAUCGUGACAAAGACAGACUCUGAGAAUUAACAUGCGAAAUCUGCAUGUACGUGUGCAUCGACUAGAGUUGAUCACAAAAAGGACAUUUCAAAUGAUAUUUUUUAGCAAUUAGUUCCGUGAAUUAAGAAAAAAAAAAGGAUUACAAUUUAAUAUUUAAUUCGACCAGCAUUGUGAUUUAAUAAAAAAAAAACUUUAGUGUAUUAAAGGAAAAAGUAAAGAAAAGAUGAAGAUUAAAAAGCAACAAAUAGACCCCUUUUUAUUCUUAUUGAUAAAUUCCUUCCAUUUCAGAUCGUUGAUUAUAGAAGUGAAAAAGAAUUAUAAGAUAAAAAAUAAAUAAAAAAAAGUAAAUAAAAAUGACUCAAGUAUUGGAAUAAAUUAGGAAAAGAAAUACAAUUCAGGCUUACUCGAAAGUUGAGUAAUUAAUUUCUUUAAUUGCAAUAAUUUAACUACGUUUACUGACAAAGAAAAAAAAAGAAUUGAUAAGAAUAAAAAUUUUAGGAGAAAGAAAAACAUAAAAUAUUUAUUGAAUAAAAAUGAUAAAUGGUAUUUAAAAAAAAAUCUGUAAACAAUAAUUUUGUAGGAAAAAAACAUGAAAUACCAAAAAAAAAAAAAGAAAACCAAUUUUCUGUGAUAUGCGCGAAUGCGAUGUGUGGGCGAGAAAAAUAUGAACGGAAAAAUUAUUUAAAAGAAAAAAUACACACUAAAACAAGUAAUAAGAAAAAGAAAAGUAUUAAAACAUAGAAUUAACAUAUCAAGGUGACAUGAAAACGUUGAUUUAAUAAUUCUUCAAAGUAGAAAGUUUCUGGCAACAAUUGAUUUUUUUAUGUUUUUGAAAUCACAAAACAACACACAAACACACGAAUGGCAGGAUAUGGAAUUGUUGGUGAAUUUUCUUUGCUCACAGACCACAAAAAGUGCCAAAAUAUGGAUCAAAUUUCCCUUAUGUAGAAUUGUUUCACUAAACACCUUCCCUCACCAAAAACGAAAAUAUCUAGAAACUUUUGCUCAGUAACUCAAAAACUUGCAUGUUCCUUCUACGUAUAAUUAGCAGAUCUACAGUUCUGUGCAAAAUAAAAUGUUAAUCACUUCAAAACCACAAGAUAAAUAGAAAUAUGUUCAGGAAGUUAUAAUAACUUUGAUUUCAUUUAGUUGUUUACUAUCUAUUGAACUCAUUGAACACCUUUUUUUAAAUUAAAAUACAUUUUAGAUUUUUAAUAAACAGAUAAUAAUUAGAUUUUUAAGAACAUAAUAGUAGUUCUUGAUUAAUCCUAUAGCCCUAAUUGAAUUUUAAAGUGCUCCACCUCUCAAUAUUACUAAGGUAACUGUACCAAAUUUCGGACAGCUUACAAUUUCGACCAGUUCUUUUGUUCUUCAAAUUUCCAUAAUUUUGUAGUUUUUGCAUAUUCUAAAGAUUAUACAAUGCAAAAACAAACAAAAAAUCGUAUCGACGAACGAGAUGAUGUAAGAAAAGACUUUGUAAAAACUCCAGAAAGAUAGGAAACUAUGAGGAUCAAGCUGGCCUAAAUAUUACCCAAAACAAUGUCUUAUUCUUAUUAAUUUUAAAAUUCAUUGAAAAGAUUUUAAUGAAAACAAAGCAAGGUUCCAAGCAACACCCUUGGAAAAGAAGUAAUAAAAAAACAAUUUGCAUUGAAAAUAUUACAUUUAAAACUUAAGACUUUGGCGCUUGCAUGUAACUAUGCCGAAAUUUGGUACACUUACCCUAAUGGUUUUACAAAUGCUCAAUUAUUAUUGUUUAGUAAAAUCUGGUCAAGAGGUUUAUUAUUUUAGUAAACGAAAAUCCGAGGUGAAAAUCUGAUUGAAAAAAAUCUAACUAUAAUCUAAUUCAGAUCGGAGUUAUUCGAAUGGCAUCUUGACGGUUUCAAUAAUCUGUCAAGUUUUUGUUUUUUAAAUGGAUUAUAAAAACUAAAACUUCUCUAAUGUCUUUUUUUAUUAUUCCUUCCUUAAAAUUGUUAUUCUAAUCCUGAAAAAAAUUUAAAAAGAAA